ACGACGUCAAGGUGGUCGGGUCAGAACGCUCUGCGCGACCCAGCUGAGGAGGUUCCUGCUUCAACAGUGAUUGGACGGAACCCCGCUCGGCCGCCGCCUUCCUCUUUCCAUCCAUCAAUCCAUCCGCUCGCCUUUGUGCUGCCAUGGCCUCGUCUCCUUCCCAGGUGCGCCAGAACUACCACCAGGACUGCGAAGCCGCCAUCAACCGGCAGAUCAACCUGGAGCUCUACGCUUCCUACGUGUACCUCAGCAUGUCCUACUAUUUUGACCGUGACGACGUGGCCCUGAAGAACUUUGCCAAGUACUUCCUGCACCAAUCCCGAGAGGAGCGUGAGCAUGCAGAGAAACUUAUGAAGCUCCAGAAUAACAGGGGUGGGCGCAUUUUCCUUCAGGACAUCAAGAAACCAGAUCGUGAUGAUUGGGAAAGUGGGCUGACGGCAAUGGAAUGCUCUUUACACUUGGAAAAAAAUGUGAACCAAUCACUUCUAGAACUGCACAAGCUGGCAACUGAAAAAAAUGACCCUCAUUUAUGUGACUUCAUUGAAACUCACUACUUGGAUGAGCAGGUCAAAUCCAUCAAAGAGUUGGGUGAUCAUGUGACCAAUCUGCGCAAGAUGGGAGCACCCAAAUGUGGAAUGGCUGAGUACCUCUUCGACAAGCACACUCUGGGAGAAAGUGACAAUGAGAAUUAAAAGCUCUCUACACAAACAAAGCUUCAGUGAGACUCUUACCAUCUUCAGCAGUGCAUGUUUCUGGUUUCCCCCUUAGCAUUGUCCAUAUAAUGUAUAAAAACAACUUCUGUUCUUUUGUGUUAUAUCUUAUGCCCAAUAAAGUGACUUGGUUCUAA